AUGGAGAACUACCAGAAACUCGAGAAGGUCGGCGAAGGCACCUAUGGCGUCGUCUACAAAGCCCGCGACCUCAACAAUGGCGGUCGCAUCGUCGCCCUCAAGAAGAUCCGUCUCGAGGCCGAGGACGAGGGCGUCCCAUCGACCGCCAUCCGCGAGAUUUCGCUGCUCAAGGAGAUGCGCGACCCAACCAUCGUUCGCCUGUUCAACAUCGUCCAUGCCGACGGCCACAAGCUGUACCUCGUUUUCGAAUUCCUCGACCUCGACCUGAAGAAGUACAUGGAGGCCUUACCCGUGAGCGACGGCGGAAGGGGCAAGGCGCUGCCCGAAGGCACCGGCGCCCAGCUGCAUGGGCUGGGGCUCGGAGAGGCCAUGAUCAAGAAGUUCAUGAGCCAGCUGUGCGCCGGGGUGCGCUAUUGCCACAGCCAUCGGAUCCUGCAUCGCGAUCUCAAGCCGCAGAACCUGCUGAUUGACCGGGAGGGAAACCUCAAGCUGGCCGACUUCGGCCUGGCCCGCGCAUUCGGCGUCCCGCUCCGCACCUACACGCACGAGGUGGUCACGCUUUGGUACCGUGCACCCGAGAUCCUGCUCGGUGGGCGCCAAUAUUCCACCGGAGUCGACAUGUGGUCGGUUGGCUGCAUCUUCGCCGAGAUGUGCACGCGCAAGCCGCUCUUCCCGGGUGACUCGGAGAUUGACGAGAUUUUCAAGAUUUUCCGUCUUCUCGGCACACCGACCGAGGACAUCUGGCCCGGUGUGACGAGCUAUCCCGACUUCAAGGCGUCCUUCCCCAAGUGGGUGCGCGACCCCUCGGUGCCGCUCUGCGCGAACCUCGACGAGGCGGGCCUGGACCUCCUCGAGAUGAUGCUCGUCUAUGACCCCGCCGGCCGCAUCUCGGCAAAGCAAGCCUGCAAUCACCCGUACUUUGAGGGCCUCGAUCUCAACCCCCGACCGCAAUACCAUGGCAGCAGCUACCACUAG